AUGUCCAUGUCCACCUCUCCCAAUGACGCCUUCCACCAUCGCAGUUUGUCCAGCGUCGAGGGCUCGUCACCUACCCUUCGAAGAACGACGACCGGGGCUGUGCCCAAGCAGCUGAAGCCGUUCCGUGAACAAGACGUCAAGAUCCUACUGUUAGAAAAUGUCAACCAGGCGGGCCGAGACAUCCUGCAUGGACAGGGAUAUCAAGUCGAGGCCUUGAAAUCCUCGUUACCCGAGGACCAGCUGAUUGAGAAAAUCAAGGAUGUCCAUGUCAUCGGGAUCCGCAGUAAGACGAAACUGACCUCGCGCGUGCUGGCUGCGGCAAAGAACCUGAUUGUCAUCGGGUGCUUCUGUAUCGGCACGAACCAGGUCGACCUACAAUACGCGGCGUCGCACGGGAUCUGUGUGUUCAACUCUCCCUUCUCCAACUCGCGCAGUGUUGCCGAGUUGGUGAUUGGCGAGAUCAUCUCGCUGGCCAGGCAGCUCGGCGACCGCAGCAAUGAGAUGCACCAGGGAAUAUGGAACAAGGUAUCUACCAAGUGUUGGGAAGUCCGGGGCAAGACGCUGGGGAUUAUCGGCUACGGCCACAUUGGGUCUCAGCUGUCAGUGCUCGCCGAGUCCAUGGGCAUGGACGUGAUUUACUACGACGUGGUCAACCUCAUGGGCAUGGGCAACGCGCGCCAGGUGCCGACCCUGGACCAACUGCUAGCGACUGCGGAUUUCGUAACGUGCCAUGUGCCCGAGUUGCCCGAGACGAUGGAUCUGAUUUCCACGCACCAGCUCGAGACCAUGAAGCAGGGCAGCUAUCUGAUCAACGCGUCGCGCGGGUCCGUCGUGGACAUUCCAGCGCUGAUUGGGGCCAUGCGCACCGGGAAGAUUGCUGGUGCCGCCCUCGACGUCUACCCUGCCGAGCCCGCGGGCAAUGGCGACUACUUCAACAACAACUUGAACUCGUGGGCCGAGGAUUUGCGCGGGUUGAAGAACCUGAUCCUCACACCGCACAUUGGCGGGUCGACCGAGGAAGCGCAAUCCGCCAUCGGCGUCGAGGUCGCCGAGGCCCUCGUCCGCUACGUCAACGAAGGUGUCACCGUCGGCGCCGUCAACAUGCCCGAAGUCGCCCUGCGCAGCCUGACCAUGGACGAGCCCAACCACGCCCGUGUCAUUUUCAUUCAUCAGAACGUGCCGGGUGUCCUCCGCCGCGUCAAUGAGAUUCUUGGCGACCACAACGUCGACAAGCAGAUGUCCGAUUCCCGCCGAGACGUCGCCUAUCUGAUGGCCGACAUCAGCAAUGUCCGCGAAGUCGAAGUUGCCCAACUGUAUCGUGAGCUCGAGAGCUUGAAGGAACGCAUCAUUACCCGCAUUCUCUACUAG